AUGAUCUGCUCAAAUAUCGGUUUAUUUUUCUCUUCUCUUUUUAUUUUCUAUACAUCUUAUCUUUCAUUUUCUCUCUGUGUCUUCCUUAUUUUAUCUCUUUCUCUCCUUCUCUUUUUAAUUGUUCCUUUAACCACCUCCUCAUCCUUCUCCCCUUUGCUCCUUCCUUACCCUCUUUAUUUUCUCUUGUCCUUUCUUUUAUUUCUCUCUCGACGUCUUCCUCGAUACUACCGCUCUUUUCUUCUCCCCUCUCUUCUUUUCCGUUCCUUAAAAUAUCCCAUAUCUACUUUCUUUCUUUCUUUCUUUCUUUCUUUCUUUCUUUAUUUAUUUAUUUAUUUAUUUCUUACAUUCUUUCUUUCUCCAUAUCUUCAUUCUUUCUUCCUUUUUUCUUUCUUUCUUUCUUUCUUUCUUUCUUUCUUUCUUUCUUAUUUCCCCAAUAAUUUUUCCUCACAUAUCACUCUUUGCCCUUUUUUUCAUUCCUUUGUUUGUUCUUUUCAUAAAUCUUUUAAAUAUGGUUCUUCUUCUUCUUCUUCUUCUUCUUCUUCUUUCUUUCUUUCUUUCUUUCUUUCUUUUUCAUUCACUGUUUUGUACACUUUCAGUCCUUUUUUUGAUUUCUCCUUUGACUUUGACUUUUUUUUUCUCUUAUUAAUUCUCUUUUUUUCGUUUUCCUUAUAUUUUUCAUUCUCAUUUUAUUGUUUAAUCAUAUUUUCUCUUCUUUCUUUUGUUCAUUUUUCGUUCCGUUUUUCUUUUCUUUUUCUUUUUUCCGACUUUUUCUAUAAUUCCUUAUUAUAA